GAUCGACAGAAAACCACCCCAUAACAGUCUGUGUAUGCUCAAAUUGGUCCGGAAAAGUGGUCCAAACUUGAUGCGUCUUCACGGGAAUCACAGAGCGUUCUACUACUCUUUUCCCAGUGCAACUUUUCUUUCCUUUGUCCAGCUCUCCCCAACGCUGCAUCAUCACCGAGACAAUGCUCUGUUCCACUGAGCUCGAAGAGAGCACAGGUAGAGUCCCUCCUCGCUGGUCGG